AAAGGGUAUAGAAAAAUUAAUUUUUCCUCUGAAAGUAACUGAUCCCCUCUCUGCUUUCCUAUGUCUAUGCCGUCUUCAGCUCGCGCUCAUCUCCUCUCCCAUUCAUAGUUUCUCUCUCUUUUGUUUCUUUCAACUUUGCUUCUCAAUCAACCAACAAAAAGCAAACCUGCAAAGCUUAUAACUUUCGACAGGUCUCUCUCCCUCUCUCUCUCUCUCUCUCUCUCUCAGAAUUUUUCAUCUAUAGUGUUGUAGAUGUCAUCGUUGUUAGAUCAUGGGAACUCUUUCAGUGAGGUUGCUGUUACCAAUUCUGUGUUUGCUUGUUUACACAGAGAAUCGAAGACUGCACAACUUAAGAUGUCUACUGUGGGAAAUUCAACAAAUAUUUUUUGGCAAGAAUCACCAGUUGGGAAGCUUGAAAGGCAGAAGCUGCUUAACCAAAAGGGUUGUGUCGUAUGGAUCACGGGUCUCAGUGGAUCAGGAAAAAGCACACUUGCGUGUUCACUAAGUAGAGAACUGUAUACAAGGGGAAAGCUAUCUUACAUACUUGAUGGUGAUAACCUUCGGCAUGGACUAAAUAAGGAUCUUGGUUUCAAGGCGGACGAUCGAACAGAAAAUAUACGCAGGGUUGGGGAAGUGGCAAAGCUCUUUGCAGAUGCUGGUUUAAUCUGCAUUGCCAGUCUAAUAUCUCCAUAUAGGAAAGACCGAGAUGCAUGCCGUGCUAUGUUGCCUGAUGCUAAUUUUGUAGAGGUUUUUAUGAACAUGCCUCUUGAAUUGUGUGAGGCAAGAGAUUCUAAAGGCCUUUACAAGCUUGCACGUGCUGGAAAGAUUAAAGGUUUUACUGGCAUAGAUGAUCCCUAUGAACCACCCCUAAAGUGUGAGAUAGAAAUACAGCAGAAAGAUGGAGAUUGCCCCACACCAGGUGCUAUGGCGGGGGAAGUAGUUUCUUACUUGGAAGAGAAAGGGUAUCUGCAAGAUCAUUGA